GGUUUCAUCUAGUUUCGCCGCCGCUUAGCAGUCGUCGAUCGAUCUAGGUUUCGACGAUGCGGAGGAGGCGAAGGCGACAACGAGCUCCGUCGCUGGAAUCCGCAGACAUUAUCCGGGAGAUCCUGCUCAAGCUGCCCACCAGGAGCGUCACUCGCUGCCGCUGCGUCCCCAGGCUCUGGCGCGAUGUCGUCGCCGACCCCACCUUCCGCAGACUCCACGCCGAGGCCGAGGCCGCCGGCCACCUCCCCGUCACGUCGGAGGCCCUGCUCGUCAUGGAGACCCGUGAGGAUUGCAAGCCCGACGAGGCCAGUUUCUUCUGCGUCUCCUCGUCCAAGACAACGCCCAUGCCCCACCGAGUCGUCAUCCCCAGCGGCUACAGCCUCUCCAGCGUGUGCAAUGGCCUACUUUGCUUCGCCCUCGACUCCGCCGCCGAGGUGCCGGCAUUCAUCUGCAACCCUCUUACGGGCGAGACGGCGAUCCUUCCCAUGGCGGCGUCCAAGUGGCACCGGAAAGGCCCUACCAUCUACCAUCAGUUCGCCUUGGGGUUCAGUCCUUCCACCAAGGAGUACAAGCUGUUCCGAAGCAGAAAGACAACAUUUCAUUGUGCCAGCCUGCUCUCACCUUGGCAACACCACAAUCGCCUUGGUGUGCCGAAGCAGAAAGACAACAUUUCGAGCGUAAAUUGUUGCUUUCAUUGUGCCGACACGAAUGAAAACAUCACGUAUGUGCUGAGUUAUCUCAAACUGCCGGCAAGUAUCAACACGAGAACACCUCUUGGCAAUGCAGGAUCGAACCCGCCAUAGCAUCUCAUUCCUAGUUGCAUUGCAUUAAUGUUACUUAUCACUUUUCUAUUGGUAGCAGUAAUAUUGUUUUAGCCGUUCUUUAGUGGUAGAGCUGAUGGGGGAAUUGUGUUUCCCUUUCGACAUUCUUUAUUAGUAGUAGAUGGAAAUUUUGUCAACUGACAGUGAUAACUAGUGUUAUUUCCACACACUCCAUCUCAUUAAAAAAGAAGAAGAAA